GAUGUCUUCAGGGACAUGCACCAGGGGCUGAAGGACGUGGGCACCAAAGUGACAGGCUUCAGCGAAGGCGUGGUGGACAGCGUCAAGGGGGGGCUGUCCAGCUUCUCCCAGGCAACCCACUCGGCUGCUGGGGCCGUAGUCUCCAAGCCCAGAGAGAUCGCGUCUCUAAUUCGAAAUAAGUUUGGCAGCGCCGACAACAUCCCCAACCUGAAGGGCUCUUUAGAGGAAGGGCAGGUGGACGAGGCAGGGAAGGCCUUGGGGGCCAUUUCCACCUUUCAGUCCAGCCCCAAGUAUGGGAGUGAGGAGGACUGUUCCAGCGCCACCUCGGGCUCAGUGGGCGCCAACAGCACCGCCGGCGGCCUCGCCGUAGGAGCAUCCAGCUCCAGAACCAACACCUUGGACAUGCAGAGCUCAGGGUUCGAUGCACUAUUGCACGAGGUCCAGGAGAUCCGGGAAACCCAGGCCUGACUCAAGGAAUCCUUUGAGACCCUCAAGGAGCAUUAUCAGAGGGACUAUUCGCUAAUAAUGCAGGCCUUACAGGAGGAGCGAUACAGAUGUGAACGACUAGAAGAGCAGCUGAAUGACCUGACAGAGCUCCACCAGAAUGAGAUCUUGAACUUGAAGCAGGAAUUGGCCAGCAUAGAAGAGAAAAUUGCAUACCAGUCCUACGAACGGGCCCGGGACAUCCAGGAGGCCUUGGAGGAGUGCCAGACCCGCAUCUCCAAGAUGGAGCUGCAGCAGCAGCAGCAGCAGCAGGUGGUUCAGCUGGAGGGGCUGGAGAACGCCACUGCCCAGAACCUGCUGGGCAAGCUCAUCAACAUCCUCCUGGCGGUCAUGGCGGUCCUUUUGGUCUUCGUGUGCACGAUCGCCAACUGCGUGGUCCCGCUCAUGAAGACUCGCAGCAGGACAUUCAGCACGUUGCUCCUCGUGGUGUUCAUCGCCUUUCUCUGGAAGCACUGGGACGCCCUCCUGGGCUACGUGCAGAGCUGCUUCUCCUCACCCAGAUGA